GAUGGCCGGUCAGUAGCAGGUUCCAGACCCCCCGGAGGUAUGUAGGCAGAGCUAGCGGCAGCCAGGUGUGCUGAGCCACAAGAGCUCUAGGGCGCCCUGGGGGCAGCUCUGCCUGCUGCGCUCUCUGGUGCAGGGGGAGAUGCCCAACUGACGAGCGAGCUGGUGAGGACAAGAACGUUCCCUUUUGGCCCGAGUCCGCUGCAUCCAUGGCGCUGCCGGCCAGUCUGGUGCCCCUGUGCUGCUUGGCACUUCUGGCGCUGCCGGCCCAGAGCUGUGGGCCGGGCCGGGGGCCGGUUGGCCGGCGCCGCUACGUGCGCAAGCAGCUCGUGCCGCUGCUCUACAAGCAAUUUGUGCCCAGCGUGCCCGAGCGGACCCUGGGCGCCAGUGGGCCGGCCGAGGGGAGGGUGACAAGAGGCUCUGAGCGCUUCCGGGACCUGGUGCCUAACUACAACCCCGACAUCAUCUUCAAGGAUGAGGAGAACAGUGGUGCAGACCGCUUGAUGACCGAGCGUUGUAAAGAGCGCGUGAACGCGCUGGCCAUUGCGGUGAUGAACAUGUGGCCCGGAGUGCGCCUACGGGUGACCGAGGGCUGGGACGAGGACGGCCACCACGCUCAGGACUCACUUCACUACGAAGGACGUGCCCUGGAUAUCACCACGUCCGACCGCGACCGCAAUAAGUAUGGGUUGCUGGCGCGCCUGGCAGUGGAAGCCGGCUUCGACUGGGUCUAUUACGAGUCCCGCAACCACGUCCACGUGUCUGUCAAAGCCGAUAACUCACUGGCGGUCAGGGCAGGCGGCUGCUUUCCGGGAAAUGCCACCGUGCGCCUAAGGAGCGGCGAGCGGAAGGGACUGCGGGAACUGCACCGCGGUGACUGGGUGCUGGCGGCAGACGCGGCAGGCCGGGUGGUGCCCACGCCUGUGCUGCUCUUCCUGGACCGGGACUUGCAGCGCCGGGCCUCUUUCGUGGCUGUGGAGACCGAGCGGCCCCCGCGCAAGCUGUUGCUCACUCCCUGGCACCUGGUGUUCGCCGCUCGAGGGCCCGCGCCCGAGCCAAGCGACUUUGCACCGGUGUUCGCGCGCCGGCUGCGCGCUGGGGACUCGGUGCUGGCGCCAGGCGGGGACGCCCUUCGGCCUGCGCGCGUGGCCCGAGUGGCGCGGGAGGAAGCCGUGGGUGUGUUCGCACCGCUCACAGCGCACGGGACGCUGCUGGUCAAUGAUGUCCUGGCCUCGUGCUACGCGGUUCUGGAGAGUCACCAGUGGGCGCACCGCGCCUUUGCUCCUCUGCGCCUGCUGCACGCGCUGGGGGCGCUGCUUCCGGGCGGGGCCGUCCAGCCAACUGGCAUGCAUUGGUACUCUCGGUUCCUCUAUCGCUUGGCGGAGGAGCUGCUGGACUGAGCGCUCCAGGCAUAGAAACCUCGUGGCAUCCGCCUAAACGGGAGU